UAACCGUCAUGUGGAUCUUUUAUACGCCGCGUCCGUCUUCAUCCUUGUGAACCAUCCUUCAUCCUUCUCCGGCCGCCGCCGCCGCCGCCCCAAUUGGCCGAUCGAAUCUCUCUCUCGCCCGAUCAACGUUGGUCUUUUCUGGUAGAUCUCAGCGAGGAUGCUAGUGAGAUUGGGUAGGGCAGCAUCCCAACUGGCCGCCGUCGCAAUGACGCGCAGGGUAGGGGCUGCGCGAGAUGCUUUCCUCUUCGUUCAGAGCUACUCCAAGGUUACUGCUACCCCUACCGCCGCCGCUGUGGCCGUUCCAUCGGUUCCACCCGCUUCUUCAACUUCAAAGAGCUCCUCGAAGAAACCGGAGGUUAGGCUAAGUGCUAUGUUUUGGUCUAAGCCCUGUUCUUUGGCUUUGCCGCCCAACUCUCCUCUCAGAAUAGAAGAGCCUCAGUCCGAGGGGAUCAAGCGUAUACUGCUGAAGUUGUUGUUAUUCUAUAGUAAACAAAGCAAAUCAAUUAGAGGAGCUAAUGCUGUUUAUCAUCGCAUUACUUCCCAGGUCAACAAGCCUGCUAUAUAUGAUGUAUUUAACCUGGAGAAGACCUUUAAAACUACAUUUUCAUUGCUUGUACUUCAUAUGUGGCUCUUCUUGCGUCGUUCAAAGGAAGAGGGAAAAGAGGGAGUUGAUUUUGGGCAAUACUUGUAUGAGAUUUACAACCAUGACGUGGAGUUGAGAGUGUCCAAGGCUGGGGUUAACUUGUUGUUGACAACGUGGAUGAAAGAUUUAGAGAAGAUAUUCUAUGGCAAUAUUGUUGCAUAUGAUGCUGCUUUGGCUCGUGAUGCUAAACAUGAUGAUCUAGCAAAAGUAAUAUGGAGGAACAUCUUCUCGGAGGAUGGAUCAGAGAUAACCAAUGAUGUUGAUGCGACUGCUGUUGCCCAGGCCAUGGCUAGAUACGUUCGCAGGGAGUCUACCUGUCUUUCCAUGACAGACAAGGAAGCUAUUUUCUCUGGUAACUUCACCUUCUCUUCAUUAGAGAACAAGCAUUAAGAAGACCGCAGAAAGGAGGAGAGGUUGUGGUUUUACAGCAAAUUCUGUUCUUGGAUAGCAAAUUAAUAAGGCAGGCAGGAUCUCUGGAUUGGAUAAAUUUGAAGGUCAACUUUGAGGAGGAAAUACUCCCGUACAAUUUUUUUUCCCACUCAAAAAAAUAUAAAAUGUCUUUCUGCUUCAGUUAAAUUUUGGUUAUUUAUGUUUACUCUUCUAUGGCAUUUAGCUGGCUAGCUUCUGUUCUGUUCUA